AUGGUUUCUGAGAGCUUCAGUGGCCCGAUGCAAGUCAUCUGUGGAUCCCUUCUAGUCUUUGCCUCUCAGAGCAUUGGCACCCUGGCCGUCGGACCAGGCAGCUCUGUCAGGUCCCCAUAUGCAGAUGUGCCGCUAACCAGUUGGCCCAUGUUGACGACGCAUGAUGCCGCAACCGGAUACAUGCAAAAUCUGCUAGAUCCCAGAGUCACCUGGGGUCAGACGCAGCCUGCGUCCAAACAUGCUUUUACCGACCAGCUGAAUUGUGGAGCACGUGCCUUUGACAUGCGGCCACACGUCACCGACCAGGGCAAAGUGGUGUUUCAUCACGGUGAUGUUGAGAUAAUGCAGGACGCCGAGACUGCCUUGGCGGAGAUCGUGCAGUGGGCGCAGCAACACCCGGCUUUGGAGGAUUUUGUGCUGAUCUACAAUUGGGACUGUACUGGAGCGAAUUGUAGCACCAAAGUCGCAGGGCUUCUCGCGAAAUAUGGACUGGCGACACUGGCUAACUGCAGCCAGUUGAAUCUCACUCUCAGUGCAGCAGCAUCCAUGGCGAGUUUGCCGAAUGGUGGUCAUGUCCUCGUUGCGAACGGCUGUGUUCAGCAGCAUUACAAUGAAAGUCUGGCAUGCUCCGGUUUUGAUCAGUCCUUCGAUGCAUCCUUUGACAUAGCUGGUCUUGCAAGAACUUUGCCACAGGUCUGUCUGGAGCUUCAUAAGGCGUCGUUAGAUGAACUGGUCCUCUGCGGACAUCAGCUGCAACAGCGACAUGCAGCAGCUGCUCCCACGUUUACUGGUGGUUAUUACCAGUGCUGGGUCGGUGCUUCGGGGCAUGACUUCGCGGUCCAGCGCUUGUUGGGCUACUUGAUGGGAGUGGCAUCCAAGCCCUUGCCGGCGGAUGGCUUCACAGAACUGCAAGCAUUGUGGCAGGAAACCCCGCAGUCCGUGGCGAUUGGCAUGGCGCAUUUGAGCUCUCUCCUCAAGGACGAGGAGCACAGCCAGCUGAAUGCCCUCAUGGUGCAAAAGAUCCGCAGCGGCGCUUUCGGGCACAUCAGCUUGUUCGAAGUGAACAACGUCUGUGACCAUGGACUGGAAAUGAUGGCGGCACUGCGCUUUCAUCUUGAAAGAUCGUUGACCAUGGGACCAAUCUCUGCAAUCGUCGUUUGA